AUGGUGAGUUAUCAUAUAGCUCAAAAAGACGAAGCUCAUACCAUUGUGGAGACCCUCAUAAAAUCAUGUGUUAUUGAUAUAGUAACUUGUAUGCUUGAUGACAAAUCUGUCAAACAUUUAUCCAUAAUUCAUUUGUCAAAUAAUACUGUUGCACGGCGAAUUGAAGAUUUGGCUAGCAACGUAUCAGAAACAGUUAUCUCUCGUAUUAAAUACAUAAAAUUCGCACAAAAAAUGGACGUAUCAACCGAUAUUGCUGGUCUUGCUAUUGGUGCUAUUGGUGUUCGUUCGUUACGUAAACAUGAACUCUUUUGA